AUGAACGGCCAAGCCAUCCCGGGUUUCUACUACGAUACGGAAAAGAAGAAAUACUUCAAGAUUCAAGGCGCCGCAGCAUCACGGGACCUGGAUCUAAAAUAUUCAGCAGAAAACAUUCGCAAGAGACAGCGAGUUGAGCAUAUCGAGAAAUUAGCCGCUGUUAGAAUAAAUAAGAAUCGAAAAGAGCGCGUCGUCCUUCGUAAUGCUAGCAACCUUGUACAAACGUGCAUGCAGCGAGAAAGUGGGCGCAACAGACCGACUUUAUACACGCAAUGCUUACAUCCCACUGCCUACAUGUCUGGUGUAAAGUCGAUCCCAGACAGGGUGCUUGACAGGCAUGGAUCAGCCAUCGGCCUUUUCGCCAGAGAUGCCAGUACCAAGGCCAUCAUCUCAGUGCAUGGCGACAAUCGGAUCAUGUACAAUGACUUUGAACCACAAAUCACACGUGCUUCUCCAGUGUCUCAUGUGGAAGACGAAUGGCGGCAACCACCAAGCGGUUAUAGCCAUGAUUUGGCAAUCGAGACAGAAGUGCUACGCACACCCUCGGCCGUGUCCUCAAUCACACAUCUUCCCACCACGGGACAAGUGGUCGUGACAACUUAUGGCGGUCCUGGACCAGCGGUCUUACUCAUCAGUGAUCCAGGGCCAGACCAGCAGUUUGCAGACCUUCAAUUCACACCCAGAGACUGCACAACGAUAUGGGGCGUGGCCGCACGCCCCACGUCGAACACCUGGGAAUCACCCCACAGUAUAACAAACAGCAUCGCCGCAGCAGACAUCGAACACCUCGCAGUUGCCGCGUCAAACUAUCUCCUCAUGUUUUCCCGAGACAAGAGCAGCGCUUGGCACAGCGAAAGUCCGCUAAAAGGCCUCUCCUCACCCAUUCUAUCCCUAGACUGGAUCUCCCACUCCACCGUAGCAAUGGGCUGUCGAGACGGCAAGGUCCUCCUGCACGACAUCCGCUCACGCGGCUCAAGUCACAUCCUCACACACCCCCAACCCGUCACCAAGAUCAAGCGCGCCGACGAUCCAACACGGCUCAUCUGCUCUGGCCUCCAAAAUUCCUUGUACCUCUACGAUAUCCGCUCCGCACGGCCCAGGUCGUCACAUGAUAAAGCUCACACACAUAAUCCCGAUUCGCAUUACAAUAAGACAUACUUUUCCACCCUCGAUGCAAGUGGCCCCGCCCGCAGCAAAAAGAAACAGAAACUCGACUACAACAAUGCGGCAAACUGGUCCCAGCCUCUCCUCACUUUCCAGCACUACAAUCUCGACGAUGCCCACCUUGACAUUGCAGUGAAUGUGCCAUUAGGUCUUGUAGCCGCGGCGCAGGACGCCCAGACCGAUGUAGCCAUUCGCGUGUCUAAUAUUUACACCGGUAAGGUGCUGAGGGAGUUUAAACGGAGUAUAGACCGGGGCAAAUAUGGGGUUAAAAAGGGGGGUUCGAGCUCGAUUCAGACGCUCAUGUUUGUGGAUGAUGGGGAUGGUGGAGGCUGUGAAUUGUGGUCGAACUGGGAGGGUGGAAUCGCGAGGUUCCGGUGGUGA